AUGACUGGAAUAUUUAAUUUUAAUACAACCGUCAAGUCUCAUUACCAAGCACCUUCCUCCAUUGUCCAUGUGCAUUCCCCAGACAUCGAUGAGCGUUGGGAUACUUUUCUUGACUCACAACAAAGAACAUCAAAGCAUGUACAAUGUCCAAUAAUCUAUAUCCAACCACACCAACUGCACUCCAUAGACAUUCUUCCUGCGUCACCCAAAGAAUACAAUGAUAAUGAUAAUGAUAAUGAUAAUGAUGAUGAUAACGAUGACGAUAAAAUCCAAAAUCUAGCCAAUAAAACAAUCGACUAUUUUGCACAUCCCUCGGAAUCAUUACUAGACAACUACGACACAACUCCAGAUAUCCAAGAAAUCUCAACAGAUGAUGACGAUGAUGAUAAUGAUAAUGAUAACGAUGAUUAUGAUUAUGAUUAUGAUUAUGAAGAAGUCCAAGUAAAAUUCAAUGAUGAUGAUGAUGAUAAUGAUGGUCAGAGUGACCUUUGUUGCUCAGAAGAUGGGGCUAAAAUUGAAACUAUUGUCCGUCCCAGAUCACAAAAGUCAAUAUCUGUAGAAGCGUAUCACAGAAUGAUGGCUCAAAGGUACACGGCAAGACUACUGAAAAUAGCAUCCGUUUGUCAGACCUCGGAAAUAAAUCUACCGCUAGUCUAUCAAAAGCAGCUUGAUUCCCUUCAAACCCCACUACUGCCACCACCAUCACAAUACUCUCGAUAA